AUGGAACCCACCGCCCACUGCACCAUCUGCACGACCCCCCUCUCCCCCACCCGCACCCACCCGACCUUCCCCUGCAGCCACACGCACUGCCUCCCCUGCCUCCGCCGCAACUUCACCCUCAGUACCGGCACCACCCCCGGAACCUUCCGCCCCGUGCAAUGCUGUCCCGGCGCGCGCCUGCCCCUCCGCGAGCUGCGCGCCCACCUGCACCUGCAGUCGGCGGAAACAGCCGCCUACCGCGCGCGCCUGGCCGAGCACGACGCCGCGGAGAAGCUGUAUUGCGCGGUGGCCGGGUGUGGGCGGUUCAUCCCCGUGGCGCUGCGCGAUGGGAGGAGUGGAAGGUGUAGGGGGUGUCAUGGGCGGACUUGUGUGCGGUGUGGGGGGAGGGCGCAUGUGGGUAUGGGGGUUUGUGAUGGGGUGGCUAGGGGGGGUGGGAGUGGGGGGGAGAGGGCGAAGGAGGAGCUGGAGGCUGAGAUGGGGUUUCGGAGGGUGGUGAGGGAGAUGGGUUGGAAACGCUGUCCGGCGUCUGCGUUUGCGGGUGUCAUUUCUGUUAUCGUUGCGGACGAGCGCCGUAUGGAUACCACGGCGAUGAUUGCGCCAUGUAACCAAGGGCAGUGGGCUUGA